UGCUUUGCCUGUCGUUUAUCCUCUUUUCUCAAUCAAAACUCCCCCCUUUGGCCAAAUAUUUCACUGUUCUGGGACCCUGGCCUCAGUUUCGCACUGGGCCGAGGCCAGGGUACCCGUGUCCCUGGGUCCUGACUGCCGGUCCUGACUGCGAAGACUCAGGCUUUUCUCAGCCCAGGCUCCGCGGCCUUUCGGAGCCUCCACCCCGCCCCUGCUUCAAGGCCCAGUCGCCUCCCCUCGUCCGUCAGCGCGGCCUGCUUCCUGCAGCCCGCGGGAUCCGGCCUUACUCCGGACAGGAAGGAGGGCCGCAGGGCUCAGGGCUCCGAGGGUCCUGGCGAGAGCGUGGGAUCCAGAGCAGGCCCACCCGGCCCAGCCCACUGUUGAGUUCCAGUUCAGCCUUCAGCCUGCAGGACGUCCUCCCCAACGUCGCCCUCAAUUCCACCGCCUAUGAUCCAGUGAGGCAUUUCUCGACCUAUGGAGCAGCCGUUGCCCAGAACCGGAUCUACUCGACUCCCUUUUAUUCGCCACAGGAAAAUGUCGUGUUCAGUUCCAGCCGGGGGCCGUAUGACUAUGGAUCUAAUUCCUUUUACCAGGAGAAAGACAUGCUCUCAAACUGCAGACAAAACACCUUAGGACAUAACACACAGACCUCAAUCGCUCAGGAUUUUAGUUCUGAGCAGGGCAGGACUGCGCCCCAGGACCAGAAAGCCAGUAUCCAGAUUUACCCCUGGAUGCAGCGAAUGAAUUCGCACAGUGUGUGUUUUGUGCCCGGAUCUCUAGGGGUUGGCUAUGGAGCGGACCGGAGGCGCGGUCGCCAGAUCUACUCGCGGUACCAGACCCUGGAACUGGAGAAGGAAUUCCACUUCAACCGCUACCUAACGCGGCGCCGGCGCAUCGAGAUCGCCAACGCGCUCUGCCUGACCGAGCGACAGAUCAAAAUCUGGUUCCAGAACCGCCGGAUGAAGUGGAAAAAAGAAUCUAAUCUCACGUCCACGCUCUCAGGGGGCGGCGGAGGGGCCGCGGCCGACAGCCUGGCCGGAAAAGAGGAAAAGCGGGAAGAGACAGAAGAGGAGAAGCAGAAAGAGUGACCAGGACUGUCCCUGCCACCCCUCUCUCUCCUUCUCCCUUGCUACCCUCCCCCCAAUUCCCUCCUAAUCACACACUCUAUAUUUAUCACUGGCACAAUUGAUAUGUUUUGACUCCCUAAAACUAAAUUAGGGAGUCAAAUAUGGACCUGAAAGUCAACUCUGGACCCCCUCCCUCACCGCACAAACUCUCUUUCACCACGCGCCUCCUCCUCCUUGCUCCCUCGCUAGCUCGUUCUCGGCUCGUCUGCAGGCCUUUUCCCCUGCCCAGGCCUUGGGGGCUCCGUCCCUGAACCUCGCUUCAGACUCCACAGAUUUCCCUCCAAAUGAGGACUUGGCCUCCCACCCCCUCGGCGCCUCCACCCCCGCGGCGCCUCCACCCCCGCCCCUGCGCAGAGAGCCGGCUCCCCGGCCGGGGCCUCCGCUCCGGGGCCUCAGGGCCCGGCCUGGCAGCCGCGGAGGGCGGGAGGCCCAAGGAGGGCGCGUCGUGGCCCCACAGCAACCCCCAGGGCCUCCCCGCAGCCCCACACCCGGCCCCUCUGCCCCAGCAAAUGCCCAGCCCAGGCAAAUUGUAUUUAAAGAAUCCUGGGGGUCAUUAUGGCAUAUUACAAACUGUGACCGUUUCUGUGUGAAUAUUUUUAGCUGUAUUUGUGGUCUCUGUAUUUAUAUUUAUGUUUAGCACCGUCCGUGUUCCACUCCUAUCUUAAAAGGGGAAAAAAAAGAGGGAAAAUUACAAAAAGAGAGAAAAAAAAGUGAAUGACGUUUGUUUAGCCAGUAGGAGAAAAAAAUAAAUUAAAAAAUCCCCCCUUGUGUUACCCUCCUGUAUAAAUCCGACCUCUGGAUCCGUUCUCGAAUAUUUAAUAAAACUGAUAUUAUUUUUAAAAGUUUA